AUGUCUGGAUUUACAUUCGGCAACACUGGAAGUACCGGCGGGGGAUUGUUUGGUGGGGGAAGUUCUAGCAACCCUCCUAAUAGCUCUGGAGCUGGACUAUCUGGGGCCGCACCAUCAUCUCUAUUCGGCGCACCAAAACCAGCUGGAGCACAAGCACCGGUCUUUGGAGGAGCAGGAGCAUCAACCGCAGGAGCUGCAAAGCCAGCCGCUGGAGGUAUCUUUGGCCAAAGCACGGGAAAUGCCCCCAAUGCCACGUCUUCUUUCAGUUUCGGAAAGCCUGCUGCUAGCACCACACCUACAACUUCAACAGGAGGUGGACUUUUUGGUGGAGGAGGCGCAACUGCAGGUGGAAGUGGAGCCUUUAAUUUCGGAGGGCCCAAGCCAGAUGGUGCUUCAACGCCAACAACUGAGAAUAAACCGGCAACUCCUACGGGGGGUAUGUUCUCAGGAAUGAACAAGCCAGCAGCAGGAGGUGGUAUGUUUGGAGGAGUAGCUUCGAGUACCCCAAGUUUAGGAUCAACAACGCCAGCACCAAGCAAGCCUUUCAGUUUCGCAUCCACAACCCCUGCAGGACCACCACCUACAAAUAAUGCACCAGCUGCGAGUACAGGUAACUUGUUUGGUGGAGGUGCUCAAUCGCAAUCAGCUGGAGGUCUUUUCGGAACACCAAAACCAGCAGCUGCAUCACAACCUACACAGACACCCGCUGCACCAGCCCCUACUGGCGGUCUUUUUUCCAGCGACACUCCUGCAGCUGUAGCUCCUACUAGCAACUUGUUUGGUGGUGGUGCUGCUGCAAAACCUUCUGCUCCUAGUGGUAACAUGUUUGGUGGAAAUAAGCCUGCUGCUUCGGCAGCUCCCCCUGCCAGCUCGACACCUGCGGCGACUACAGAAGCUGCUAAGCCAGCCCCAUCUUUCAGCUUCCCUUCUGCUACUCCAGCAGCUAGCACCCCUGGAACACAGGCUUCUACUACUCCCGCUCCCGCAGCUUCUGCUACCAGCAGUCUGUUUGGAAAACCAAAUCCAGCUACAUCUACACCCGCACCAUCUGCAUCUGCCCCAGCGCAAGCACCAUCGCUUUUUGGAAACGCUGCUUCGACUAGUGCCGCAACCACUUCCACUCCUGUACCAGCUGCUACAACAUCAAGUUUGUUUGGCGCAGCUAAAUCAUCAACUCCCGGUACUUCUGGCCCAACCAACAGCAGCACUUCUGCCCCUGCUUCAGCGACCACAAAUGCUGGCUCUGCAAAUCUAGAUCAACGAGCCGGAGCAACUGCUGGCUCUGGGGCUGCAGGAAAUACAGCAUCUCUAGGAGCUUCUACGGCUGGCCCAAGACCAGAAUUAUCUCGUCUUAAGAACAAAACUAUGGAUGAAAUCAUCACCCGAUGGGCAUCUGAUUUGGCGAAAUACCAGAAGGAAUUCCAAGAACAAGCAACCAAGGUAGCUCAGUGGGAUCGCCUUUUGGUUGAGAAUGGAGAUAAGAUUCAAAAAUUAUACAAUACUACCUUUGAGGCCGAACGAUCAAGCGCAGAAGUCGAACGACAACUAGCAACGGUGGAAGGCCAGCAAGCCGAACUCGAACAGUGGCUCGAUCGCUAUGAACAGGAGGUUGACGACAUGUUCAAAAAUACAGCUGUCGAAACACUACAAGGGCCAGAUCAGGAGCGUGAGAGAACCUACAAGAUGGCGGAGAAAUUGGCGGAUAAACUUGAUGAAAUGGGCAAAGAUCUUUCUACUAUGAUUGAAGCUAUGAAUGAGGCAUCUGCUACUUUGAACAAGAGCACCAAGUCUGAUGAUCCACUUUCCCAUAUUGUUCGAGUCCUUAAUUCACAUCUUAUGCAAUUACAAUGGAUUGAUCAGAAUGCCAAAACACUACAAGAGAAAGUUGAGGCGGCGCACAAAUUGGGACAAAGUAUGAGUGCAAAUGGUCUUGGUGGAGCGGAAGGUGAUGCUGCAGAUCACUUCUAUAGAUCUUUUAUGGGAAGAAGAUGA